AUGUAUUCCCUCGUUCUACUUUUACUUCUGAACGCAUUUGUUGCAUUUUCCGCACAAGGUCGAUGGAUUAAUAGCUGGACCUCAAUGCCCCAGUUGACAGAAUCGACCAACCUUCCCAAUCCGCCUUUCAAUGGAUCUGCUGCGGUUUUCGUGAACUCAACUCUUCGACAGACACUACACAUGUCCGUUGGCGGCACCCAAAUCCGAGUACGAUUCUCGAAUGUAUUCGGUGUAAACAAUCUGGAUAUCACUGCUGCUACAAUAGCACUUCCACUGGACGGAGCUCCCGGGGCAAGUGCCAUUGAUACGAAAACUCUGAAGUCGCUUACCUUCAGUGGGAACACAAGUUUUUCGAUUCCGAAUGGUGCCCUCGUCGUCUCCGAUCCGGUCGAUUUUCCUAUACAAUCUUUAUCAACAUUGGCGGUGACGAUAUACCUCCAAGAUGGACAAAAUGGAUUCUCCGUUACCUCGCAUCCGGGGAGCCGUACAACGACAUGGAUGUCAUUUGGAAACCUAGUAACCGCGUCAAACAUUACAUCUGUAUCUGCAACCAGCGUUGAACACUGGUACUUCAUCAGCGCAGUGGAAGUCUGGUCCAAUUCGCCAUCGUCCUCAGCUUUUGCUAUCAUCGGGGACAGUAUUACGGAUGGUCGUGGCAGUGAUGACAACAAGAAUAACCGCUGGCCUGAUCUCGUUCUCGCUCGUAUGCAACAAAACGAAGGUACCUCUGGAAUUUCUGUCAGCAACCAAGCGGCUGGUGGGAAUCGGGUCCUUGCAGACGGACUAGGUCCAAACGCUCUUGGAAGAAUAGACCGCGACGUUUUGGCUCAAUCUGGCGUCAAGUACGCUAUGAUAUUUGAAGGGGUCAAUGACAUCGGAGUCGCUGAUCCUUCAGAAGAGAGUCAAACUCUUAUAGGUGAUCUGCUUAUAUCUGCUUACAAGCAGAUCGUGACUCGAAUCCACACUUUCGGUAUUCCGGUCUUUGCAGCCACGAUUACACCAUUUGGAUCUCCGCCGAAUACUACCAUCCAGCCUUAUUCCAAUCCCGUUAGGGAGGCCACUCGCCAGCGUGUCAACGCAUACAUCCGUACACCGGGCUCUUUUGACCAUUUCAUAGACUUUGACAAAGUCGUUGCGGAUCCCAAUAAUCCUUCUCAGCUGAAUCCGGCAUUCAAUUCAGGGGAUUUUCUUCAUCCGAAUGUUAGUGGCUAUGAGGCAAUGGCCAACAGUUUCCCGCUGGAUAUCUUCGAAGAGUUUGCUGACGGGGUUAGUAUGUACUAG